AUGCCAAGUGUUAAUUUUAGUUUUGAUGCUUACAAUGACGAGCAAGUUCGAUUAAUGGAAGAAAUGUGUAUUUUGGUUGAUGAGAAUGAUAAGAAAAUUGGGGCUGAUACUAAGAAAAAUUGUGUCCGUCGUGCGGCUCAGAGAAAAUUGCAACAUGAAUUGGGUAUUAAACCCCAUCAGGUUCCCAUUGAUGAUUUUACAUUUUUAACUAGAAUCCAUUAUUUGGCUCCAUCUGAUGGUAUCUGGGGUGAACAUGAAACUGCAUUUAUUGACAGCAAAAGUUUACAUCUAGUUGAUUAUGUUCUUAUCAUCCGAGCUAACGUUGACAUUGAGAUAAAUCCAAAUGAAGUUAAAGCUGUCGAAUAUUUGUCUUUAGAAGAGUUGAGACUUAAAUUUGAAAACCCUGGCG